CGCCUCAACACUCAGCGCGCUCUUGUGCCUACACAGUAUGUGAAAGAAAAGAAUAGAGAAAGGAAGUUGGCUGCCUAUCGCCAUACAGUCAUCAGGAUACCCGUCGGCAACGACAGAUUGAUCCAGGCGCAAUUUCAAAGUGCCGAACCGGUUUCACGGCUUUUUGAAUGGAUUCGUUCUAUCAUAUCUCGUGAUGUACCGUUUUCGUUAAAACUUGCGCUAGUCUAUAAGAUCGAAGAGUCUACUUCGAAGAACUUUGUUGAUGCGGACUUGGCGCCCAAAUCCACCGUGGUAAUCAGAUUCAAGGACUCGGUGAUCUUCGGUACAUACCUUUUUGAAACCUCUGUCAAUGUCACCGAGACUAUUUUGUUACGAGACUCAUUUCGAGAAUGUACUCAAGAUGAAGCGGACAAGCUGUGCUCCACCUGGCUGUCAGAAAACACUAUAUUCAAGCCAUAUACAGCAAUAAUAGAGGAGGAAGAGCGCACGGCGAAGAGACCCGGUGAUACAAUGACUUCUGCAUCUUCAGAGUUUCGCCCACCUCCUCAUAAAGCAAAUUCAGCCCCAAGAUGGCUCAAGAAAAAG